CAACGGUGGGAGUGGAAGUUCACCCCUUAUGGUGUUUAUGUCACAGGUCCCGCUGGCCAGGGAAUUACAACAAAAGCAAGAGAAAAGCCCAGACCUUACAGUCGCCUCAUCAGAGACAACCAGGCUGGGGGAAAGUAGCGAGGAACGAAAGGCGCUUCUCUACGGUGCCUCCUCGUGCCAACUUUGGCUACCUCAUAAGGCCGAACAGGCAGGACCAGCGGUUCAUUGGGAUUUUCUUUCUGGUUGAAUUUUCCUGGAAUUUUCCAGGACUCCAGGACCAGUUUUUGGAAGGAGGAAAAUCGCCAUCCAGCUGACAAAGUUAAGUGACAGGAUGGGCAACGCGGACUCUUUUUAACCUCCUCUUUUCCCCUCCCGGUCACGCUCAGGAGACACACCUUCUCCCUUGAGCGGAGAUGUGGGCUUAAUGUGGAUUCUCGGACACCUGCUUCUUUAAGAUGGAGAGAGCGGAGUCUUUAACCCAUUCCUGGAGCAGGGGAGCCGCCUCUAACUUGGAUGUGGAGAGCAAGAAAGCGGCCCACUCGAAGUCGUCAUGGCAACAACCAAUGAACGUGUUCCUCACGGCGGGCAGGCCACCCUGCAUGGAGGAGCUGCAUCAGGAGGCUCAGCUUAAUCUCCAGAGCUUGCUGCAAGAAGAAUAUGAGGAGCAGUACUCAGAAGUCAGAAUUACAGGACAGACAUUCCGCUAUUCUGCUCACCAGCAACCAGACACACCUCCUGAGCCCACGCCCACCCCAAAGCCUCAGUCAGCCAAGCGCCUCGAAUUUGUAUUUAUGCCGACAACGCGACGGGUGAAUGAAAGCGAGACCACCACGCAGGGCGUGCGGCCCCCCGAGUCCUCCUUGAGCCUACCUACUACGCCAGACAAGCAGAUUGCCUGGGGGAGACCCUUCCCCCUGCCCAUCCUGGAGGAGAAGAGGUGGCAUCAGUCCUGUUCCACCCAAGCCAACAUCGUGCCCAUCAACGUCUCUGGACAGCAGUUUGAUAAACAUGCCAGUUCGCGCCACUCCCUGUUUAACACAGAGACGGCCAUGAACCCCAAGUCCACCUUGAGACGGAGACGGACCAUUAUCGGAUUUCCUAGCCUUUCUCUGCGAGACCAAGGUCAUAGCAACGGCCCCGCGUCCCAUCAUCCACACUCCCCCGUCGUGGACUCUGCCUCGCGUAAUUGGGCUCCGGAGGCGGGGAAAGGAAGAAACUCAUGCGGUCAGACUUGUCCCUCCAGGUCUCUCCCUCCGGCUCUGAGAAAGACGCUCAGUGACCUCGGGGAUAGCAUCCAGACCUGCUGCGGCCCCAGCUCCCCCAGCAUGGAGAGCGUGCUCUACAACGUGCCGGCCUCCUGCAACGGACCGAAGGACUCUACGUUCUCCCCACCUUGGCAGGGCGGUUCCUUCAACCACCCGACCCCUUCCAGCCCCGGCCGGGGCCUCCCGGGUAGCGGAGAGGCCCAGUGCUCCUCGCCGUGCGACCCUCGGCUCUCUCCGUCCGCCAACGUGCUCCCGCCAGUGGACUGCGACGGGCCGGGUUCCUUUUUCGACGCUCAGGAUGACCGGGCGAGGAGCGGAGGGUCGGCCCCUUGCCCGGCCUCUCCCCUUGCGAGGGGCCGCGAGCCCGAGGGCCCCAAACUGGGCCCCCCGCCUGGAAGCGCCCCGGGAGCACCGGACCCGUCGAGGCCGGAGCCGGAGCCGAGCGCCUGUAGAUUCCGGGAGCGGUCGCUGUCGGUGUCGGCGUGCUCGGGGGACGCGGGCGGUGGAGAUGACCGGAGGAGCAGCGAGAACUCGGCCCUGAGCUACCCCGAGGCCGGUUCGGACGGCAGCGCCAGCACGGACAACGUCUCCGCGCUGGGCCCCGAGCGGGAGGCCCAGCUCAGCCGGAGGAGGUCCAAGAGCAUCUCCCUCAAGAAGGCCAAAAAGAAACCUUCGCCGCCGACGCGUAGCGUCUCCCUGGUGAAAGACGAGCCGGCCCCGUCCAAGGACCAGAGGCCCCGGAGCCUUUGCAUCCCCCUAGACCACCCCCACCCCCACCGAGGGCAUCAUUUCCUCCCCUCAGAUGCCCAGGGCCACUCCCCUGCAGCCCUCUCGCCCAGAGACCCCGAGGGCUCCCACUUCUCUCCCCACUGGUACCUCUCGGACUGGAAGGCCUCUGAUCCCUACCGGUCCCUGUCGAGUUCCAGCACGGCUACGGGGACCACCGUUUUGGAGUGCGCGCCGGCCCGGGGGAGCUCCGAAUCGCUGACCUCCCCUUCCACGUCCCGCGCCACCACUCCCUCCCAGCUGUCCGCCGAGGCGGAGGCCCGGGGGCCGUCUUCCCCGGGGAGGCCGACGGGUCUGAUGUCGCCGUCCAGCGGCUACUCCAGCCAGUCGGAGACGCCGACACCCACCGUGCCCACGUCCUCGAUCCCGGGCCACCCGUCCCACCCGGGGGGCGGCGGGGGGGCCCGGACACGUCCGAAGAUCCCAGAGAGGAAAUCGUCCCUGCCCCCGACCUCCCCGAUGGAGCGGAGUCCCAAGUCGCUGUUGACCUUUGACCUCUCGCCGAUCCCCCCGGCCCACCCGGACCCGUCGGGGGUGAAGGUCACCUUUCGGGGCAAGACCAGGGUGAGCCGGCACCACUCGGACUCGACCUUCGGGGCCAAGCUGGCCCAGAAGGCCGGCCCCAACCAGCCCGUCAUGCCCGUGGUCACUCAGUCUGACCUGCGCUCGGUCCGCCUGCGCUCCUUCGGCAGGUCCGAGCCCGAAGACGGCAGCGCGGCCAGCCCGGACCCGUCCGAGGAGCCCACGGUGGAAGGCUUCGCCCUCCCCGAGAAGAAGGUGAAGCCUCCCGUGGCGGAGAAGCCUCCCGUGGCCAAGAGGCCCCCCGGCCUGGCUCACAAGCCCCCUCCGGUCCCCGAGGAGUCCCCGUGGGCCUCUCCCACCUCCCCGCGGACCCCCGGCCAGGUCGCCGGGCAGGAGAGGCCUUCCCCUCAGGACAUCUACACGGUCGUGCGGAAGCCAAAGUCCCCCUCGUCCCCGGACGGCAAGGGCCCGGCCGAGUCGCCUUCGCCUUCGUCGGCCACCCUGUCCCCUCCCUCCGGCUCUCCUGGCACGUUCUUCCCGGGGCCUGGCGGGCGGGAAGAUGAGCCGGGCCCCAAGGGGAGACCCUUGCCCGACAGGAUCAACCUCCAGAGCGUGGGAGAGGCCGAGAAGAGGAGGAGUAAGAUCCCCCCACCGGUCCCCAAAAAGCCCAGCGUCCUUUACCUGCCGGCCGUCCCUUCUCCCGCCUGGCCCGGGGCGGCGGACCCACGGCUGACUCCCAGUCCCAUCAUCACCCUGAACCGGGAUGCCGGCUCCUCCCCGGGCAGCGACGACGUCCCUUCACCCGGUGGUAAGGGGGAGAGUUCAGUCCCACGGGAUGGCAGCGGAGAAGGACCCGGCCUCCCAGGAGCUCCCUCGGAGCUGACUGCUGAGGAGAAAACUUUUGCCAGCGACAAAACAGCCGAAUCUAUAGCUGAAGAUGAUGAUGAAGUAUUUUUGACGUCCCGCACGACGGAAGACUUAUUUACGGUUAUUCACAGGUCCAAAAGGAAGUUGCUUGGGUGGAAGGAGCCCAGCGACGCCUUUGGCAGCGGCAGACAGAGCUCCCCUUCCCCCGUGAAGACCACCGCCGGCUCUCCGACCGGCGAGGCCCCCGCUGCCGUGGGGUCCGGCUGCGGCGGUCCCACCAAACCGUCCAGCAGGAACGAAGACUUCAAGGCCCUCCUGCAAAAGAAAGGGAGCAAGCCGAGCCUGGGGUCCCGCCCUUCCGCCGCGGAACUGCUCAAGACCACCAACCCGCUGGCACGGAGAGUUAUAACCGAGUUUGCCGUGGAUCUGGACGGUACGGAUCCUCCCAAGAGCCAGCCCUGACGGCGUGGAAUUCGGCUGCUCGGAAAGAAGGGCUUCAGGAAGGAUCGGCAGAAAGAACGGAAUGGCAACGACCGGCGGUGGGAUGGUGAUCGCUUCUGGGCCGGGUGGACGAGGUCGCCUCGUCCGGAGCUGAGGCGGACGGAAGCUCCCGUCCCCUUCAGGCACGCGGCAGCUUCGUUCGCCCACUUCUCUCGGUUAACCGCCGGGAAUCCUCCUCUGGUUUUGAUUUUGUCACUGACGGAGCGCACUGAAUCCAAGUCCCCUAAACCGAGUGGCCAUUUUGGAGGCCGGCGGCCCAGACCUCGUUUCCGGCGGGGCCGGUUCUAGCCGGGGACGGGGACGGGGCCGAGAGCGGUUGGGGGGCUGGGAGGAAGGGUCGUGAGGCCUACGGCCUCGGGACGAUUCUGCUGAGCCUUCCGGCUGGUUCGCGCACCUGCCCCGGCGCUUUGCCAGCAAGGCCUCGCCGCCCCCUGCUCGGCACAGGGCCACGGAGAGGGCCCGCCUCCUCUUUCGGCCGCAGUUUGAAUCUUCCCCCCGGGGAAACGGGUUUGGAGAUGUCGAACUACUUCAGCAUGUGGUACUUUUGAUGGCUUUUUAAAAUCAAAACGUGGGAUGUUGCUCUUUCCUUCCACUUUGUAUCCCUUUUUGUUUGUUUUCUAAACGGAGAUCAGGGUGAAGAGUUCAAGCAAAUCUUCUGACCGUCUUGUGCCAGGGGAUUGCUGUGGGAGAGCUGAGCUCAAGCAGAGUUCACACAGAACUGCCCAAGGGAACUCGGGGGGCCGGGUCUGGGAGGCUCCUGCUGGUUACUCUCUCCGCCAAAAUCCAGCUUAUCCGCUGGUUCCGCCCCUGAAAAUGCUGCAUUUUCGAGACGUCUUUCUGCUCUUGUUCGGGAGAACAGUGGGCCUUAAUCCUUUCCACUGGGGGACCGCCCUCUUGCCCCGUUAUCAGCCCAACGAACAGGAAAGCCAGGCAGGACUUCCAUGCUACGGAGAAGGGGGGAGCGGUAGGGUUAGCUCGCCUCAUUUAACCUGGAUGGAGGAAGGGAAAGGUACCACAGGUACCAGCUUCCUGCGGGUGACGGGCUCUUGGCCUGAACUCCCAGCUUGCUCAUCGCAGGACGCGGGCAAGAUUUAAGAUUUCCGGUCAGAGCUGAAAAGACCCUAAAAGGUGGCUUCGCGCCCGGUUAGCUCUUGGAAGCCUGUCCAGGCCCCCACCCAAAUUCCCGCCCCCUUUUCCUCUCUGCAAUCAGAAUCAAAACCUUUGGAGGGAGAGGGGACUGGGGGAAAGGAUAAAUCUCCCAGAAUACUCAGUGACCGUCAAGCUUCCAAAACAGCCUCAAGGCAAAGGGAGGAUAUGCAGGGGCAGAAAUCCGAGGCCCAGUCUGGCCUGAGUAAAGACCUCCAGGGCCGGACCACUAUCCGGCCAGACAGCGAGCAGAUCCUGACCUAGCUUGCGGGCGGCAGGACAAGAGUCGCCCAUGAUCGGUUGUCCCAGCAACCAUCCAGAGACCCCCCCCCCCAACUUGUGCUGCGAGCCACGGUCCGUCUCUCCCCCUCCCCACCCCGAUCUGUUUGCAUCUAACCAGCCUCGUGCAGGUAUCUUAUGGCUGGGCUUCCCUCCACAUUUCCCUGCAAUCCCUAGGAAACUUAACGAGAAGGUAACUUACAGGGAGCCAGGGGAAGAAGGAUGUAAUGAAAGAAGAGGUAAUCUGACUUUUAGCCGCCAUUCACUUCUUACUGGGUUAAGGGGAUUCCAUUUGGCAAACGAUAGGGAAAGGUAAAUUAAGGCGGUUUGUUUCAAGUAAAGACCAAGGGUUCUUUGAAAAAAAAAAAAACCCACAGACCUAUGGGUCUUUUUUUUUUAUCAUUCUGGUCCUAUUGCCUACUCAAAUAUGUAACCUAAGGGAGGAAAGAAAGACCGUGUAUAAAUGAAAUUUGCAGAUAACCCCCAAAUCUCAUUUUAGCCACUACAAUACUUUCACUUUCCUUUUUCCCUCUUUCACCUUUCCUUGCUCACCUGUAUAAGCAGUUCUGAAAAGAAAUAAAACUGCCCGAUUUAAAUUUCAAAUCUGUAUCUUUGGGGGUGUUAAAUAAGCCGUGGAAACGGGCAAAGGCCGAACCCAAGGGGAAGAAAGAAAAGCCAAGAAACAGAAUAACCCAUAGGCUGGCUAACUCAUUUCUGAAUAAUCAAUAUGGAGAUGGAAAUGAGGCUAAAUGAAAUUCCUCGUGGAAUUUUGAACACUGAAAAUGUUCCUGAGCGCCUCUAAAUUCACAGUUCCGCCCUGCAGAUAAACCUACCGACUAGAGAGGGACCAAGCCGGAGAGCAAUCUGGAUUUUGGCAUAAUUUGUGGUAAUAAAUAAUGUCUUAACCAGAGUCGAAAGAAGAAGGGAGUGAGAAUCAAGUAUGAUACUGCCACUGUUAAGGAGACCUUAGAACCCGAAUUGAUCAGGGAAGACCUGAAAAUUCAUGGUUCUUCAUUUUUUUUUUUUUUUUGGUUCCCAUCCUAAAUAUAGACUCGGGCAGUCAGGUAUUGAGGGCAGUGAAUGUGUGUUUUAUUGUUGUGUUGAACUUUCCCAAGCGCUUAGUACAGAGCCCUGCAAACGGUAAGUGCUGAAUAAAUAUGAUUGAUCGAUUGAAUGGAAAUAAAGAAGGAUGAAGGGAG